AUGACGCUGCCGAUCCCUCUCGGCGAGCACGACCUCCCCUUUCUCAAGGAAAAGCGCAAGCUCCCCGCCGACGACAUCCCCUCAGGAACCUACACGCUGCCCAUCAUCCACGCCCGGCGCCCCAAACUGUCCAGCAGAGCCAUCGAGAUCCAAGUCGAGAACCGCUCCGACGUCUCCUACUACGCUCAGCUCAACAUCGGAACACCCCCCCAAACAGUCUACGCCCAAAUCGACACCGGCUCCUUCGAACUCUGGGUAAACCCAAACUGCUCAAAUGUCCAGUCCGCAGACCAGCGCUUCUGCCGCGCCAUCGGCUUCUACGACCCGUCCUCCUCCUCCACCGCAGACGUGACCUCCCAGUCGGCCCGCCUGCGCUACGGCAUCGGCAGCGCCGACGUCACCUACGUGCGCGACAGCAUCGCCCUGCCCAACGCCGGCCCCGCCGAGUCCAUGAGGGCCGUCCAGUUCGGCGUCGCGGACACCUCCGUCGACGAGUUCUCGGGCAUCCUCGGCCUCGGCGCCGGCAACGGCUUCAACACCGACUACCCCAACUUCGUGGACGAGCUCGCCGCGCAGGGCAUCACCAACACCAAGGCCUUCAGCCUCGCGCUCGGCAGCAAGGCCGAGGAGGAAGGCGUCCUCAUCUUCGGCGGCGUCGACACCUCCAAGUUCCGCGGCGAGCUGGCCCACCUGCCCAUCGUCCCCGCGGACGACUCCCCCGACGGCGUGGCCCGGUACUGGGUCAAGAUGGACUCCAUCUCCCUCACGCCGCCAUCCUCAUCAUCAUCAAGCAGCAGCAGCAGCACCGACGCCAAGCCCACUGCGUUCCCGCAGACCAGCAUGACCGUCUUCCUCGACAGCGGCUCCACGCUGACCCUCCUGCCGCCGGCGCUGGUGCGCCAGAUUGCGUCCGCGCUGGGCUCGACGCAGACCGACGACAACGGCUUCUUCGUCGUCGACUGCGCGCUCGCGGGCCAGGACGGCACCAUUGAUUUCGCGUUUGACGGCGUCACCAUCAGGGUGCCGUACGCGGAGAUGAUCCGGCAGGUGUCGUCGCUGCCACCGCACUGUUACCUGGGGAUGAUGGGGAGCACGGAGUUUGCGCUGCUGGGGGAUACCUUUUUGAGGUCUGCGUAUGCCGUCUUCGACCUCACCAGCAACAUAGUCCACCUCGCCCCCUACGUCAACUGCGGCACAAGCAUCAAGUCCAUCACAUCCACCUCGUCCCUAUCCAACCUCGUCGGCACAUGCGACAACGACUCCAGCAAAGCACCCUCAUCACCAUCCCCAUCUCCCUCGCCCACCACGCAAAAGGCCAUCUCCAAGCCGACUUCCAAGUCUCCCGUCUCCCCCCCUGCAGCCAGCACGCCCGCCUCCUCAUCGCCAGCGACAACAGUCAACAUCCCGUCUCCGACGUCAGCAGCCGGAACGCCAACGGCAGUGCCUUCCAAGGGUGCUGCGACGACAACCCCGGCGGCGGCGGCGGCGACGAGGAGUAGUAGUAGUGGUGGUGCGCAGAGCAGCGCUGCGACGACGACGGGGGCUGCGGCUUCGCAGAGCAGUGGCACGAGUGGCGCUGGACGGAAGGGCGUGCGUGGCUUUGCUUUGAGUGUGGUGUUUGCGGCGAUGGGUUACUUGAUGAUUUGA